UAAAAACCAGAAAAAUGUCAAACUCAACUUUUAACCAUUCUUCAGAAAUGGGUUGGAACUCUAGUGAGUGUGGGAAAAGUGCAAAUAUGGAGCUAGUUGAGUCUGUUAGCUGGUGGAUCUCCGGUAUUAUAACCUUACCAACUGCAGGACUGGGAAUACUUGGCAACAUCAUCAGUGUAAUAGUUCUCUGCAAAAAGUCGAUGAAAAACCUGUUUCAUCAUCUGCUGGCGUUCCUCUGCUUAGUGGACAUAAUCUUCUUGAUCAGCAACCUGGUCAUGGUCCCCCUUGCCUUCAAGUUCAAGUUGUUCAGUUGGGUUGAGAAUCUGAAUGAAUGUGCUUGUCACUUCUCCUUGGCUGCUUCUGUAUUUUUAACCCUAGCCAUAACAUUCGAACGGUAUCAGGUACAGAUAUAA